AUGGACGCCCACACCAGCGGCAAGGUGUCUCUCAAAGACGCCGCCUCGUUCGAAGACAAGAAGGACGGCAUCGACGUCAAAACCUACGAUCAUCAAGAUGGGCGGAUGCGCGACGACGAGGGCAUCUAUCGCGCCGAGAGCGAGCACCCUGAGCUGCGCAAUGUCGACGCGGUUCUCAAGAAUCCGCUUCACGGCAUCCCGCGUGCCACAUUAAUGGAGCAAGUCACCGCUUUCUGUCAGCAAAAUGAGCUCGGAGAGCACGUAGAGCUCUUCAAGAAGGCGGCUCUCGUUGCACAGUCGCCUCACGACUUCGAAACGAUGCCUGAGCUGGACGAGGACGACAGAUACCACAUUCGAAGGGAGACAACGCAUAGAUGGUCGAUUUCGAAGCAGCUUUGGAUGCUUGUCUUUGUCGUAUCUCUCGGAAGCGCCGUGCAAGGCUGGGAUAACACCGGUGCGAACGGUGCCAAUCUGUCCUUCCCGCAGGAGUUCGGCAUCGAGGACCAAGGGUGGCUCAUCGGGUUCAUCAACUCGGCUCCUACGAUCUCUGGGCUGAUGUCAGCUUGGCUCAGCGACCCUCUCAACAAUUGGUUUGGCCGACGAUGGGUCAUUUUCAUCACAGGUCUCUUCACCGUGUUCCCGGUUCUGGCGCAAGCCUUCACUCGGAACUGGUGGGAGCUGGCUAUCUGCCGACUGCUAAUCGGCGUCGGUAUCGGCUGCAAAAUUACGACGAUUCCUAUCAUGACAGCCGAAUCUGUUCCUCCUGCGAUUAGAGGCGGUCUGGUCAUGUCGUUCCAGCUCUUCGUCGCAUUCGGUAUCUUUAUCGGCUUUUGCUCGAACAUGAUCUUUUACAACAUUGGACGUAUCGCCUGGAGGGUCCAACUCGCCGCGGCAUUUGUUCCUGCAGUGCCCCUGCUGAUCUUGGUCUGGUUUAUCCCCGAAUCGCCUCGAUGGCUGCUCAAGAAGCGUCGCUACGCCAAGUCCUUCCGUAGCUUUUGCAGGCUGCGAAACAGCAAAAUACAAGCAGCUCGCGAUCUCUACUACGCUCACGCUCAGAUCGAGAUCGAGCGACACUCCUUCGAAGGAUCCACCUACCUUCGACGCGUCAAAGAUCUCUUUGUUGUUCCUCGUCUCAGGACGGCAACUUUGGCCAGCUUCAUCGUGAUGCUCGCUCAACAGUGCUCCGGCAUUGGGAUUAUCGCCUUUUACUCGAGCACGAUCUUCGCUGAAUCAGGGGCGAGCACCAAGCAAGCUCUCGCAGCCUCUCUCGGCUUCGGGGCCGUCAACACGCUAUUCGCUUUGCCAGCGGUCUGGACGAUCGACACUUUUGGCCGACGAAAUCUGCUGUUGUUCACGUUCCCCAACAUGGCAUGGUGUCUGUUUGCGGUGGCAGGUGCUUUCACUUUGAACGCAGAUAGCUCGGCUCGCACGCCGUUGAUUGCCUUCUUCAUCUACCUGUUUACAGCAUUCUACUCGCCAGGUAUCGGGCCAGUUCCCAACGUCUACGCAUCCGAGGCAUUCCCUCUGUCUCAUAGGGAGAUGGGCUCAAGUUGGUCGAUCUUCGUCAACAACACCUUCUCGACCAUCUUGGGACUGACCUUCCCCAGUCUGCUGGCAAAGCUGGGCCCCACGGGGGCGCUGUGCUUCUACGGCGGCACCAACAUCUUUGCCCUCCUCAUGGUUUUCUUUGGACUGCCGGAAACGAAAGCGUUCACGCUAGAAGAGCUCGAUUUCGUCUUUGCCGUGCCAGCAUCGCGCUUCGCAUCCUAUCAGGUUCGCAGCUGGUUGCCCUACUUCAUCAAGCGCUACGUCUUCUGGCAGAAGAACGCAUCCCUCACGCCGCUCUACCGCUGGCAAGAUGGUCAGCGCUCGAUCUCGAGCGCCAAAUGA